UAUACCCAAAGAUCGGGUUACUGUAAAAACUCAAAUGAACUCGUCUAGUUCGUGAUCGGAGAUAAACAGCCCUAAUUCCCCAAUCUCACAAAAUCAUCCCGUACCGAUGAGAGGUGCGGCGCCUCGGCCGCCACAGGCGGAGGAUGAGACGGCUGGAGAGCCUCUAAUUCGGCCGGCUGCCGUCGCGGUCGGCAUCGGAGGCGGACUUCGGAAGAAAGCUGCGGGAGUUCGGCCGUGGCUGCUGCUGGACUCGUCGGGGCAGACGCAGGUAGUGGAGGCCGGUAAGCACGCGAUUAUGCGGCGGACGGGGCUACCGGCGCGGGAUCUCCGGAUUCUCGACCCGCUGCUGUCGUAUCCGUCGACCGUGCUCGGGCGUGAGCGCGCGAUUGUUAUCAAUCUGGAGCACAUAAAGGCGAUCAUCACCGCGCAGGAAGUUCUGCUGCUAAAUUCUAGAGAUCCGUCGGUUAUUCCUUUCGUCGACGAGCUUCAGAGGAGGAUUCUCCGCCAUCAUCAAGCCGUCAAGUCGCAGGAAGCCGGAGACGGCGAAAAUUCGAAUUGGACGAAUUUGUAUGAUUUGGAUGGGUCACUUUCGACGCCAAUUAGCCCAAACUAUUCGAAAAACUUCCCGGCCAAAGAAGAGACGGCAAAGGUUGAAGGAAAAGAACAGCAUGGCGAGAAUCGGGACGGUCCGAAAGUGCUCCCCUUCGAGUUUGUCGCAUUGGAGGCGUGCCUCGAAGCAGCUUGCACUUGCUUGGACAGCGAAGCAAGGACGCUAGAGCAAGAAGCUCACCCGGCACUCGACAAACUGACGACGAAAAUCAGUUCUCUCAAUCUCGAACGUGUAAGACAGAUCAAGAGUCGUCUGGUUGCGAUUACCGGUCGCGUCCAAAAGGUGCGCGAUGAGCUAGAGCAUCUGCUCGACGACGAUGACGACAUGGCGGAAAUGUAUUUAACGGACAAACUGCAGGAACAGCUCGAGGGCUCCUCUGUUUCUUCUAUGAACGAGCAAGACGAGCCGGAUGACGACGAUGUCAGCACCAACAACGACGACAGGGCGCCGGUCGAGAUAUUAGAAGGCGGCGGAAACGAGGGUUCCGUCACUUCCGACGGCGACGUGCAAGCCCGCCGGGAGCAAUUGUUCGGGAUCUCAAAUGCGCUCAGCAGAGGCAGCCACGGGACGCGCACGAGUACGCAUAGUGCCGUCAGCAAACACCUCGACGUGGAGGAGCUCGAGAUGCUUCUAGAAGCAUAUUUCGUGCAGAUCGACGGGACGCUGAACAAGCUAUCCACCCUUCGGGAGUACGUCGACGAUACCGAAGACUACAUCAACAUAAUGCUGGACGACAAACAGAACCACCUGCUGCAAAUGGGCGUGAUGCUGACGACGGCGACGCUUAUCGUGAGCGCGUUCGUGGUGGUGGCCGGAAUCUUCGGCAUGAACAUUAAAAUUGAGCUUUUUAAAGACGAAGUACAUGGGAUGACGAGGUUCUUGUGGACCGUUGGGGGGAGCUCGGCCGGGUGCGUUUUCCUUUACAUUGCCGCCAUUGCGUAUUGCAAACAUAAACGUUUGCUCGAAUAAUUUAACUGCCGUAGUUGUUGAACGAGGACUCGCUAACUUAACUACUAUUGUAUUAAGCCCUCUCGUAGAUCAAGUAGUGAGAUAUCCUCUUAUUAAAAAACAAGAGAAAUGAUUAAAAAAAAAAAAAAAAAAAAA